AUGCAUCUGUCGUCGGAAAGUAGGAUUGCGACAUUUGCCUCCAACGAGAAGCGCAUGAGGAACUGGAUCCCGUUCAAAAGACGUCGAAAGAGUGACGUAAAGUACCUAAACUUCGACGAACACGGUGUAAAAAUAACGACGUUUGUGCCACAUCCAACAUGGAGUCUCGGUUCCGCCAUGCAGAGUGACAAGCCAAGCUUCUUUGCUAUUGGUG